AUGCACAAAGAUGAAUGCAAAAUAUUCAAAGACCUUGACUGGUUCAAAACACUUGAUUGGGGAUCUUACACCGAGGAAACGGUAUUUGGCAGACCCCACUGUGCGCAAAUAAUCACUGCUAUGGACGCAGAGCAAAACGAAGAUUAUUUCUUCAACCAGCAUGCUUUUCCAUACACUCAGGCGAAAUGCUCUGGGUUAACUCGCUUCCUGCUCGUUGAAAACAUAUGGACCGCGUUUAGUAAAUUAAUUCUCAUCAGCCAACUUCCAUGUAUCGUGAGCGGAAUGAAGAACACGGAGCACGAUAACCCGGACGAUCUCAGUUCAAGCGAGCGGGGUCAACAAGAAUCAUCCAAUGGAUGGAUGUACCGAGUUGCAGCUCGACCUGGCAUCUGGAAGGUUAGCCAGCCAUCGCAAAAGUCCACGUCCGCGGUAGACCCCGCACGCAAAGUGGCUGGAUCGCCUAUCACGAAAGCCAAGACCCCAUCUCUCUGGUCGAACGCUCGCGAUGACCUAGGCGCGAAUCAUCCCGACGCGGCACGUGCCAAGAGGCGGGAGUACUACCAAUCGAAUAAGAUUUUCCUUCUUGACGCAGGCAAAGCACCAGGAUUAGUCAAGUUCCUUGCGAGACCGAGUAUCAUGGACGACGCAGGCUGGGACAGGCUUCCCGACGGUACUUGGAAGAAGGCUGUCGUAUUCCCUUUUCUCGGGGGAACAAGGGAUAAAUUCGGAGUCCUGCUUUGGAUGUAACCUCCAUAUACCGCUCACAGAUGCAGAUUGGGACUAUGGAAGGUUGAUCUUUUCAGAUGAGCAGUCUACGAAGUUCUCGGAAGAUAGAGAAAUGAUUGCGUUCUGGCAUGAUGUUGAUAUGCAUGGCGAAAACAUUGUAAUUCAGAAAUUGAGCUCGGAAAUCACUGAAGGAACUUGGAAGGAACGCAACGGCAAAUUGGAUGAGGAUAAGAUUUCAGAUGGGACCACUCCAUAAUGGGGUGAGAAGUCUCAGUUAGG